CAUUUAUCUUUAUUAUUGAAAGUAUUGUAUUCCAGAUGUUCCCUUUUUCUCCCCAUUGACUCCCUCCACCCUGCACCUGCUCACCUCCUCCCAGGCCUUCACUGCACUAUUGUCCUGAACCCUGUUUUGUGCGGGCUGUGGGUAGGACUUGGACUCUGACCCCUGGGCAGAGAAGUAACCCAGAAAUACCUUGUGGGCCUAACAUUAAAGGCAGAGGGUAGGGCUUAGAAAGUAGUACGUUAUUCUUUAUUGGGGCGAUAGAGCCAGUUUGUGCACUUUCAACGAGGCAGCCCAGUGUGAAGCUCUUUAUAUACCAUAGCUCACACAGUCUUAUCAGAAUCUCCCCUGAGCUCCAUUUAACAGUUAAGGAAACUUGCAAGAGAGCCUAGGUGCUUGCUCAAGGUCCUUCUAGGCACCUCGAAUCAACUCUCCCCGUCCUUCCUCACCCUCUUCUUGGAGCCAGCCCUGGGACGUUAUGGGCAGAUGCCUGCUUAGGGGGCCUCAGUGGAGGUAUGAGAAGUAUGGGAAGCAGGAAGGAAGUCUGUGGAGUGGGGUUCCCAGACAGCUUUCAUCCCUCCUCUCCCCACAGAUGGAAGUGUUUCAGGCCCUGCAGCGGUUGCACAUGACCAUUUUCUCCCAGAGCUUCUCACCCUGCGGGAAGUUCCUGGCGGCGGGUAACAACUACGGGCAGAUCGCCAUCUUCAGCUUGUCCGCUGCUUUGAGCUCUGAGGCCAAAGAGGAAAGCAAGAAGCCUAUAGUGACCUUCCAAGCCCACGACGGGCCCGUCUACAGCAUGGUCUCCACGGAUCGACACCUGUUCAGCGCCGGGGACGGGGAGGUGAAGGCCUGGCUUUGGGCAGAGAUCCUCAAGAAGGGCUGCAAGGAGCUAUGGUGCCGUCAGCCCCCCUACAGGACCAGCCUGGAAGUGCCUGAGAUCAACGCUCUUCUCCUCGUCCCCAAGGAGAAUUCCCUCAUCCUGGCCGGGGGAGACUGCCAGCUGCACACGAUGGACCUGGAGACGGGGACCUUCACGCGGGCCCUCCGCGGCCACACAGACUACAUCCACUGCCUGGCCCUGCGGGAGCGGAACCCCGAGGUGCUGUCCGGCGGCGAGGAUGGAACCGUGCGGCUCUGGGAUCUUCGCACGGCCAACGAGGUCCAGACGAUUGAGGUCUACAAGCAUGAGGAGUGCUCCAGGCCCCACAACGGGCGCUGGAUCGGAUGUUUGGCGACUGACUCGGACUGGAUGGUCUGCGGAGGAGGCCCCGCCCUCACCCUCUGGCACCUCCGAUCCUCCACGCCCACCACCAUCUUCCCCCUGUGGGCUCCGCAGAAGCACGUCACCUUCUACCAGGACCUGAUCCUGUCAGCCGGCCAGGGCCCCUGCGUCAACCAGUGGCAACUGAGUGGGGAGCUGAAGGCCCAGGUGCCCGGUUCCUCCCCGGGGCUGCUAAGCCUCAGCCUCAACCAGCAGCCAGCGGCACCCGAGUGCAAGGUGGGUCCCGCCCGGGGCUGCGGGGGGCCUGGGAGGCCGGGCGUGUGGGUGGCUCAGUCGCCCCCUCUCGCCUCCAGGUGCUGACAGCGGCAGGCAACAGCUGCCGGGUGGACGUUUUCACCAAUCUGGGCUAUCGGGCCUUCUCCCUGUCCUUCUGACCUCCGGCAGCUGGCAGGGCCCGGAGCAGGGGGACCGGGAAGAGGCCCUGAGCCCACCCUCUCGGACAGGGAGAGGGCCCCUGGGCCUCAGCGAGCAGAGGUCUGAACUGUUUUCUUUUUUUUCUUUUUACAAAAUAAAAUUUCAAGUUUUUC